AUGCCGAAGCCCGCUCCCCGUUUUGCCAUGGGACACAUGCUUCCCCGUCGCACUAAUGUGGGCUCUCAAUUCCUGUAUACGCAAAAGCACGGAGCCCGUAGGGUUUGGUAUAAAAAACAGUAUUUUUCUGUUCGUCCGUUUGCUAUUCAGCGUCACAGUGGCACGACUCCGCGAAUUCUUCUUGACCGCAGCCUUUGGAAAUCGCUUUGGCUCACUAAAUUGAAUAUACCAGAUAUUAAUCGAUGGGAGCGUGUAGUUAACAGCCAGCGUGUUACCGAUGAUCGGUUUGCCUUGGUAGAGGAAGAAGGCGUCAUGCACAAAAUUAACUGGGGACUUUAUUGUGAACGAUUGGAAACGGAGUUGAUAGCUGCCCAAGAGCGAUUACCGCAGUACACUUUGCUUAUGAAAGCAGUUCCAUCAAAUUGGAAAAAAUUUGACAUUGAAAUUAGUGUUCUCCGUGGUCUCUCUCUGCGUGAGGCUAUGGCGCAAUGUAAGUUGUCGAUGCGAAAAGGGCAUCAAAUCGUAUUCCGAGCAUUGGAAAUGGCUCAGCAAGGAGCUGAAGCUAAAGGUCUUGAUAAGGAGCAUUUACGCGUUGCUCAUAUUUCGUGUUUCCCUGGGCCGACUGACAAGCAAAUUGACAUUCGUAGCCGUGGUUACUAUGCGUGGAAAACAAAGAAGUCUUCUCAUUUGAUUCUUACGCUGGCUGAAGAUCCAGAGAUGGUACUGCCUGAUCGUACCUCAAUUCCGUAUGCGUCAUUGUUGUCUUUGAAGCGUGCUGGGUUGGCCACUCAACCCGCAGUUCUUGACGUACCUGCUAUCACCGCAGAUGGUAUUUAG